CAAAAUAAAAAUUUCUCUUUCUUUAUUUAAUUUUUGAUUUCCCCUAUAAAAAUAAAAAAAGAAAAAAAUAUCAUGAACGUUGUAGGUGCAAGCGUAUCUGAGGCAUUUUAUGCUGCUCAUGAAACUCGAGAUAUUGUCUUGCCUAAUCAAACUGAACACGUCUCACAAAUUGCUGUGGAUAUUGGAGGGUCUUUAGCAAAAGUCAUCUAUUUCACCUUAUCCGCUGACAGAAAAGGAGGCCGUCUUCACUUUAAAAUUUUUGAAACAGAACAAGUCGAUGACUGUAUUGACUUUAUUGUGGAAUUACUAAAAGAUGCUCAACACUACGGUACACAACAGGUCUUAAAAGCAACAGGUGGUGGUGCUCAUUUAUAUCACGACAAGUUAACUUCAAAAUUACCCGGCGUAAUCGUUCAGAAAGAAGAUGAAAUGGAAUGUUUAAUAACAGGCCUGAGCUUUUUUAUUACAGAGAUACCCUAUGAAGUGUUUACUUAUAAUGAACUUGAUGCUGACCCCAUUCGUUUCGAAGAAAAGUCAAAAGACGUAUACCCAUAUAUGCUUGUAAAUAUUGGCUCAGGCGUGAGUAUUCUGAAAGUAGAUGGUCCGGGCCCAAAAGAUUUCACCCGUAUUAGUGGUACCUCGCUGGGCGGUGGUACUCUUUGGGGUUUGUUAUCAUUAUUAACCGAUGCACCGUCAUUUGAUGAUAUGCUGGCCAUUUCCAAGACUGGUGAUAAUAAAAAUGUGGAUUUAUUAGUGGGAGAUAUUUAUGGCUCAGAUUACAGUAAACUCGGACUGAAGUCAUCGCGGAUAGCAUCGAGUUUUGGUAAAGUUUUCAAGAAAAACACACGUCAAAAUAAGGAUAAUUUUGCCUCAGGGGAUAUUGCAAAGAGUCUAUUGUUCAUGGUCAGUAAUAACAUUGGUCAAAUUGCUUACUUGAAUGCACAACAGCAUGGCAUUAAGCGAAUUUACUUUGGUGGUUGCUUCAUUCGUGGUCAUCCCAUUACUAUGAACUCACUAUCCUAUGCAAUCAAGUUCUGGUCAAAUGGCGAUAUGAAGGCCUUAUUUCUUCGUCAUGAAGGUCAUUUGGGCGCCACUGGAGCUUUUUUAAAACAUAAACCUGUCCGUAAAGCAAGACUUUCAUUUUCCUGCUCUGAAAAUUAUAAACCUGACAUUAGUAAUAAUACCGUGUUUGAAGUACUAGAUAAUUCGGAUAAUCUUGAACUGAGAACAGCCACCCAACACUUGUAACAUAAUAUAUAUAUAUAAAUAAAAUUUUAUUUUUUA